AUGAGGGUUCGCACUCUACUCCGGGCAUCGUCAAAGCGAUUCCACGAAGAGCUCCAGGAACUCGCGACAAUGCUUAUCCCUAAGGCCGACCGCAAGGCGAUCCACGAGUACCUCUUCCGUGAGGGUGUGCUCGUCGCCAAGAAGGACUUCAACCUUCCCAAGCACGGUGACAUUGACACCAAGAACCUCUAUGUCAUCAAGGCUUGCCAGUCCUUGACCUCCCGCGGCUACGUCAAGACUCGCUUCUCGUGGCAGUACUACUACUACACCCUCACCCCCGAGGGUCUCGACUACCUCCGCGAAUGGCUCCACGUCCCCGCCGAGAUUGUGCCUGCCACCCACAUCAAGCAGCAGCGUUCGCACGCUCCUCCCCGCGGCAUGCUCGGUGCUGAAGAGCGUGAGCGCCGCCCCGGUGGCCGUGGUGGUCCCCGUGGUGACCGUGACGGUGGCUACCGUCGCCGUGACCAGGAAGGUGGAAAGGAGGGCGGCGCCCCCGGCGAGUUCGCUCCUACUUUCCGUGGUGGAUUCGGCCGUGGCCGUGGUGCUGCUCCCCCUUCUUAA